AUGAUUCUAAUCUACAAGGCAGAUUUCAUCAUUAACAAGCGCAUUAUCAAGAAUUACUUUUAUCACUAUGAAACACCUUUAGUGACAAGGACCGGCUUACAUCUCGAGCCUGAGGUUCUCCCAGAAGGACAGGAGGACCAUGUAUAUAAUUUGUGGCUAGAGAGAGAGCAAGAGAGAACUAUUGACCUUGACACCAAAUUUGGUGAUAAGGUUAAGCAUCUUCCAGAAAGCACUAAACCUUCAUUAGAUGACAAACCUUUUCUUCUUCUUCUAGUAGCAUUCGAACUGCGUUUGAAUAAGAGAUACCUGCCGGUCCGUACACCGAUACAGUUUAAGUUGGAAAGCAGCUCAAAGAUGUAG